CCUUACCCCGCCCCAUGUGGGUCGAGGGAGGGAGACACAGGCUGAGCUGAUCCCACGUGUGACGCUUGCAUUCCCGGCUCAGUAAAAUUCUCUUUAGCGUGCUUCGGUGUAGCGUUGUGCCGCCUGUCUUCGUUAGUUACUGGCUAUAGUUGGGUUAGCUAUGGAGGGAGACGGGAGCCAAGCCACAUCUGGAGGAAGCCCUAAUGAUUCGCAACACGACCCGGGUAAAAUGUUUAUCGGUGGUCUCAGCUGGCAAACUUCACCAGACAGCCUUAGAGACUAUUUUACUAAAUUUGGGGAAAUCAGAGAAUGUAUGGUGAUGAGAGAUCCAACGACAAAACGCUCCAGGGGCUUUGGAUUCGUUACUUACGUAGAUGCUGCCAGUGUAGAUAACGUCUUAGCUCAGCCACAUCACGAAUUAGACUCAAAAACGAUCGAUCCUAAAGUUGCCUUCCCUAGACGUGCUCAACCCAAGAUGGUCACAAGAACAAAGAAAGUAUUCGUAGGAGGAUUAUCAGCGAACACAGUAGUUGAAGAUGUGAAGCUGUAUUUUGAACAGUUUGGCAAGGUAGAGGACGCCAUGCUUAUGUUUGACAAAACGACUAACAGACACAGAGGUUUCGGCUUUGUAACUUUUGAGGUUGAGGACGUUGUGGAGAAAGUAUGCGAGAUCCACUUUCAUGAAAUCAAUAAUAAAAUGGUAGAAUGCAAGAAGGCCCAGCCCAAGGAGGUGAUGUUCCCGCCAGGUACACGAGGCAGGGCCAGGGGCUUGCCCUACACCAUGGAUGCCUUCAUGCUGGGGAUGGGCAUGCUGAGUUACCCAAACAUUGUAGCAACGUACGGCCGUGGAUACACUGGUUUUGCCCCGAGUUACAGCUACCAAUUCCCUGGCUUCCCAGCGACGGCGUAUGGACCGGUGGCAGCAGUGGCAGCAGCGGCAGUGCGUGGCUCAGGUAGGGGGGCCCGUGGAAGAGGUGGCUACAUGGCAUACCAGCAGAACGCAGGGGCAGGGUUCCCAGAUUAUGGGUUCUAUUCCGGGGCCGGGCCCAGUGACCUGCGGGGCCCCCCCUGCUCCUUUGCCGACUAUGGCUCCCUGGGGCCCCAGGCUGCUCAGAUGCUGCAGCACAGUGAGCAUCAUGCCACCUCCGCCUGCAACUCCCCCUCCAGCACCACCUGCAGCACAGCCCGGACCCCUUUAAGAGCCCAGGCACCAACCAGGCCCGGCCCGGAGCCUUCCCUGGCACCAACAGUCCCGGGCCAGUGGCUGACCUCUAUGGCACUACAAGCCAGGACUCCGGCGUGGGCAACUACAUUAGUGCUGCUAGCCCCCAGCCUGGCUCUGGCUUCGGCCACAGCAUUGCUCAGAGUAUUUCAGGAGGCCCGGGGAAGACCGGGCGGAGUUUUUAACUGGCUAUGUGAACAGGUGAUGCCAUCCAACGCCAAGCACUACAGCAUCAACCCACAGGAGGAGAGUGGAGGUGGCACCACGUGAAGAAGAACUGAAGAAAAUGUCAAAAUCAUCUCAGAAAAAGAAACUACAAUCUGCUGUACUAUAAUCCAAACCUGGUGUUCACAUCCAUAAUAUCCAACUGUAACCCAGUAACUUUGUGUAGGAUUUUAGUUGUUUUUACCUUUGAAUGUUCCUUAUUUUAAAUCGAUUUAGUUUAUUUUCUUUCUUUUCGACGUAGUCUUCAAAUUAAUAAGGAAGAUUCAUUAUAUUUUUUACUUAGGAUCAAAAAUACACAAAUAUUGGAUACUAUCUUAAAUGAGUAACUAUUUAUGUAAACCAUUUAUUUAAAAAAAUAGAUUGCUAUGUUGCUAUGGUUGUUUGUUUUCAUCCUUGGUAAUGGAAACCAUUUCAGGUGUCAGUUUGCACAUACAGUGCAUUCAGAAAGUAUUCAGUCCACUUCACAUUUUGUUACGUUACAGCCUUAUUCUAAAAUGUAU